UCCAAGGUCGAGAGCGUUUAGGUAUUGGUAUUGUUUUUGUUUACAAAUAUAAAUAGGAAAGGAAAGGUGGAACAUAUCCUAAAAUGUCUACGAGAACUUGCGCCUACAAGGACUGCGAAUAUUAUUACGACAUCCACGAUAACGCACUCACCAAAGGAAGAACCCUGUUCGCCUUUCCCAAACAAAAUGAGAGGGCGAAAAUCUGGCACAAAAACGGACGGGUGCAUCCGAAGAUCCCCCAAAACCAGCUAUUCAUGUGCUCUCUUCACUUUGAUCGCAAGUUCAUAUCCUCCUCUAAAAACCGGACACUCCUCGUGGGCGAGGCGGUGCCGUAUCCUUACCAAGAAAGGGAUUCGGAGCCGGAAGAAGAGCUACAGCAGGUAGCCUCAACUUCGCAGGAGAGGUACUUUAUAAAUCUAAGCGAUGACGAAUUAAGCAUCAAUGUAGACACCACCUCGAAACAGAAUACCCUCGAUAAAGAGCUUGACUUCGAACUUGAGGCUCCACUCGCCAAACGCCCAAAGAGUACAGUCGCUGCCCCCUCUGUGAAGGAUACUCCUCCAGAGGCUCCCAGUCUGGCAGCGGAACCGUCUAGUAUUAAACUAGACCUUAUUGAGGCCAUCGAUAUUUCCGAGGUGUCCGUGUUUAAUUUCAAGGGCCAGGAGUACGUGCAAAUGUCCAUGGAGUAUUAUUUAAAUGAGAAACGAAAGUUGGUGGAAUUGCUGAAGGAUUACAAGGCUGCUCUGCGGAGUAUUAAGAGUCAUGUUUCCCAGUUGGACCUUUGACACAAUCAGAAGGAUUCUUAUUUCCGUAGACUUAUUGACUAGGUUUUGUUGGUGCUUGAUGUUUAUCUUACUUUGAGAACAAGGAAACUGAUAAUUUACAAUUAAUAAAGAAUAAAAUGUAUAAUUUAUAAA